AUUCUAGCGACAAGCGAGACCAAAUGAAGUACAGCAUCCAGUUCUAUUCCGAGUGCCAACAAAGGCUUCUCGAAAUCGAGACCGAUGAUAAGAUCAUCUGGGAGAUGUUGUGGUAUUUAGCCCGCAAAUCAACCUUGAAGUUCAGCACAAUUACCACGGCUGAGAUAUCCUCCAGUCUCGUUUCUGGAAAAAUGGCGAAACCUUCCACGCGUUACACCUCAUCGGAUGAAAAAGCGGCGGGCAGCGACUUAUUGAACGAUCGGAUAGUUCUCAAUGAGCAGGUGGUCCCCGAUGAAAUGCUCCAACACGCAGAGCACAUAGAUAUCGAUGUAUAUGAACAGGGAAAUGGUACUAUCCACGACUUUAGCCGACUCGAGCAGGUUGGAAUUUCAGGGGAUGAGAAGCUCGUGAGAGUCGCAUCCGUCGAUAAUUAUCGCCCUACAUCCACAAAUAGAUUGCUUGCUUACGACAAAGUGCAAAUCUCGCUGUAUUGUGCCGCAGGCCGUCCUCUUCAGCCCUUGGGCGAAGACAUCGCAUCUGUCGCAUGGUAG